AAGGUCUUUUUCAUCGAGUGGUUUUUUGGUCUGUUUUUUUUUUCAAACGGGAAGCUUGAUAAUGAACGACAUGGCUUCCCGACAAAGGAUAGAGCACGAGGUAUUGCAUAUUCCAGCGCCGUCAUCAAUUUCAUCCGUGGAUAGUGAAGCUUCAACCGACGAAGUCACCCUUAAUGUUUCUGACGACGAGAAACAGAAUAGCGCUAGAAAGAUUGACAUGCCGAUCUUUCCUUUAGCGCGCACCAGCACAGGAUGUUCGCUGACGAAACCAUUACCCCACUCAGUGACUUCCCAUCCUUCGCCUGUUUCCCCGAUAGAGCAGAAAAAGGUCGUCAGAAAGUUGGAUUAUUUGGAAGGUCUUCGAGGAUUAGCGGCUUGCAUCGUCUUGAAUGAGCACUUUACACUGUACAAUUUGAGUUACGAUCAAACCACCAAGGAAAACUGGGGAAAGAUCGGGUAUCAAUUCGGAAAGGUGUUUGUUGCAGGGAAACUUGCGGUUAGCCUCUUUUUCAUUCUCUCGGGUCGCGUCCUUGCCAUCGCAUAUCUCAAAAAACCGGAUUCAGAUCGUCUCGCGAGCGCAUUCUUUCGACGACCAUUUCGCUUGAUUAUCCCUGUUUUUGGAUCCCUUCUGAUACAUUGGGCAGUGUAUCGGCUGAAUUGGUAUGCGCCAGUUCAUGACGCGGCUUCCGUACUAGAUUCGUGGCGAUCGGCAGAAGGCACAGUCAAAGGCUUUGAGGAGCCGACAUUGAGUAAUGCCAUAUUAAACACCUUGACGUUGUUUGUUCCAGGAGGACGCUCAGUCAAUUACCCACACGCACCCCAAUGGACAAUUGGCAUAGAGCUGCAAGGAUCGUUCCUCGUCUUUAUAGUAGCGCUAAUUACCCAAUCGUACUUUCGACAUCGAUGGGUCAUCUACGCUGUCUUGGUCUUUUGGUUCUUUUGGACAGAAACGUGGUUUGCCGAUUUUAUGGUCGGACUGUGGCUUGCUGAUCUCGCACAAUCCGGCGUUUUCGGACGAAUACAGUCAUCUCGGUUGAUAUGGCCGUUUCGACUUGCGUUGGUGUUCUUGACGCUAAUUACUAUGGUGCAGUUUCCAAAACUGUCCGAUAAACUGUCAGAAUGGUCAGCAGGCUGGUCAUUCGACACUGGUAAAGCUGCUAUCGGACGGGACUUUGAGCCGCCGUGGUAUCAAUUUCAUAUCAACUAUUUUUAUUCAUCAACCUGCUUCGCGUUACUCCUCGAAGUAACACCCUUGCUCCAACGAGUAUUCGAAAUUAGCCCGAUCAAAUUCUUGGGAAGAGUCAGUUUCGGGAUGUAUCUCCUACACCCCGUCGUUUUCCUCACAUUUGGCUCCAUCAUGGUUUCAAUCAUCUUUCGAGGUCUUCCUGGCCGACCAUGGUGGCUGAAAGUAGGUCUGGUUUAUUGCUCCACCUUCGCCAUGAUCCUUGUCGUGUCUUGGCUGUUUUACAAAACAUUUGAUCAAUGGAGCAUGGAUUUCGGUCGAUGGUUGGAGAGACUUAUGAAAGCAGAGUGGUCUGUAGGGAGCUUCAUGGCGUGGACUAGGAGGCGUGCCAAGGCGAACUCGCCUGCAGCGUGGCGAGCAUGGAGUUGGCGUACAUGGCGUACAAUAAAGGCAUACCCUGGGCGUAAAUAUGCGAUUUUCAAGAGGUCUAUUAGCAGAUAUAGAAGAAGGACGUCGGAGGUUCAGGUGUAGAAGACAGCAGUCGCCUGUGUAGGUAAGACUGUAUAUAUCUGGUGUAUUAAGCUGGACGGGGAUAGAUUGCUGGAUUUUAGCAUGUACCGUAAUUCUUGUAUUACUACUUUCUUUGUAUUAUGAUGACAUUAUCUCAAUUGACUAUUCUUGAGCAUUUAAAACUGC